AUGAAUUGGCAAGAAGUAGCCAAAGCAUCUCAAGCCAAAGUGCUUAAUUCGAUCCCUAACCGCUGGCGAAUAGAUAUCAAUCAGUACAAAGACCUCAAAGAUGUCACCAAUGUGCCGUACAUCUGUGGCCUGCUCACUGAAGAGCAGCUCAGAAUCACGGAGCUCACAGUCACGGAAAUAGUCAAGAAACUUGAGGCUCACGAGCUUAAAGCAGUGCAGGUCUUGGAAGCAUUUGCUGGACGCGCUGCUAUCGCGCAUCAACUUGUCAAUUGCCUGGCCGAAUGGUUCUAUGAAGAAGGCCUGGCUCAUGCAAGAGAGCUUGAUGAAGCGCUAGAGAAGGGUGGUCAACUGAAAGGUUUACUGCAUGGUCUUCCCAUCGCUCUCAAAGAUAUUCAUUGCAUUGCAGGCCAUGCUUCAACUAUGGCCUUCGUCUCAGGCAGGAACAACAUCGUCAGCCAGGAUUCCGCGGUCGUAGCUGCUCUGCGUGCUCAAGGCGCCAUAUUCUUCUGCAAGACCACUAUGCCUCAAUCGGCCAUGGCAAUCGAGACGGUCAGCAACCUCUGGGGUCGCACUUUGAACCCGUACAAUCGAGACCUAAAUGCCGGAGGUAGUUCUGGAGGCGAUGCUGUCCUGGUAGCUAUGAAGGGUACACCUCUCACGCCCUCGACUGAUCUCGGUGGAUCGAUUCGUGUACCAGCUGCUUUCAACGGGCUGUAUGCUCUCAAACCAACGGCUGCACGUGUCCCAAAAGGUGGGAUGCCAGAUCUUGGACAAAAUCUGAUUCAAGUUUCUUUUGGACCUAUUGGCCACUCCAUUGAGGAUAUAGAGUUACUGACUCGAGUCAUCAAUGCCCAUCCUUACAAUAGAUUUGAUGUGACUAGCGUGCCUGUUCCCUGGAGGGCGAUCAAUUCUCCAGAGGGGAAGCUGAAGAUCGGGCUACUGAAAUGGGAUGGCGUCGUAAUGCCUCACCCACCAAUUCUUCGAGCACUGGAGCACAUCAAGCAACUGUUGAUAGAAGCUGGUCACAAGGUCAUUGACUUUGAGCCGCCGUUCGACUGCUGGCAAGCUUUGAGGACUACCUUCGACAUUUACUACCAAGGCGGAGCUGAUACUGCCGUCGCCGCACUUGAAGAAUCUGGUGAACCCAUGAUCCCAGCAUUUGCCGACCUGCUCAAGGUCUUUAAUGUUCGAAAGCUUCCCGCUUCGGAGAUUCUACAGUUGAGUGGCAAGGUACGAGACUACAAAGAGCAGUUCCUAGCAGCAUGGGAUAAAACAGCCAACGAUGGGCGUUCAAUGGACGCCUUGAUAUGCCCUCCGGCACCUGGCGUGGGCUAUCCUCAUGACUUCAAUACAUACUGGGGAUACACCUCGCUCUUCAAUCUGAUCGACUAUCCUGCUGCGAUAUUGCCGAUGCCAGGACUCAAGGUCAACGCGGAGCAGGAUCCUCUUGAUUCGGAAUACGUACCAUUGGGCACGAAUCCCUACGAUAAACCCAACCACGAGAUUUACGAUCCUCACCUUUUUGAGAACCAAGCAAUAUGCAUACAAGUGGUCGGCCGUCCUUUCGAAGAUGAAGAGCUCAUUCGAGUAUCGGCAACUCUUGAUGCAUUAUUUCAUGGUCUAUAG